AGCGGAUGCCGAAUCAUAGGGUAACAAUGUGCCGAAUAGCAAAAUAGCAAAUAGCAAAUAGCAAUCCACAUUACAAUUUACAUAUUAUGUAAAUAUGAUAUUAUUUGUUCGACAUUCGACUACAUUCAGCAUGGUUCGAAUUCGCCCGUUAGUUUUUUUGUGACAAAAUAUUGAUAAUAUACAAAUAAUAUUAGAUAUUUAGAUAUUUAUUUUAUUUAAACUGUUAUUGUAUGGAUAUUUUUGAAAAUGUGUGAUCAAGUAUUACCAGUAACACCUGUUAAAAAAAAUAAAAGAGGCAAGGUAAUUCGAAGUAAACAAAAAAGAUUAGUUAUAAACCUGUAUAAAACAAAGAAGGCGAAUAAACCUAAUAUAUUAUAUAAACAGUUAAUACAAGAAUUAAUGACUGAAACUGGAAUUGGAAGAAAUAGUAUUGAAAAAAUAAUUUCAGAAUACAAUGGAAAUAAAACUAUUUCUUCUCCGAUUAUGAAGAAAAAUAGACCAAAAAUUAUUGAAGUGAUUGAUGAUUUAUAUAAAAAUGCCAUUCGUCAAAAAGUGCAUUCAUUUUGGCAAAACCGUGACCCACCAACGUUGGAUAAAAUCGUAAAUUCUGUCUCUAAAGAUGAAAGUUUACCUACAUUGAAACGGACAACCAUGUACAAUCUUCUUAAAGAUUUAAAUUUUAUAUAUACUAAAAGGAAACAAAAUAGUGUCUUAUCUGAGAGAGAAGAUUUAAUUGUAUGCCGUCGAAAUUAUUUACGAAGUAUAAAAGCAUACCGAGAAGAAGGACGAACAUUAUAUUAUUUGGGCGAGACAUUGGUGGGUGAGAAAUUGGUAGAUGUUUCCAUAAAAUCAAAUAUAAAUUCAUUCCGAAAAGAAUUAACAACAGAUUCUAGUAACCCAACUGACAAAAACAAAUAUUUUAUUAUUAUUGUACACAUUGGUUCACGAGAAGGGUUUGUUAAUGGUGGUCUAACUUGUUUCAAUUCUAAGACUAGUAGCAAUGACUACGAUAGUGAAAUUAACGGUGAAAAUUUUUUAAAAUGGUUUAAUAAUAUUUUACCUUUAUUAAAUGACAAUGCAGUAAUAAUAAUGGAUAACGCUCCUUACCAUUCUGUUAAGGCAGAACAAAUUCCAGUUUCAUCGUGGAAAAAGGCGAAUAUUAUGAAGUGGCUCCAAGAGAAAAAUGUUCAUGUUGAUACUUCAUAUGUUAAAGCGGAGCUAUUGGAUCUAGUUCAAAAACAUAAACUAGCGUUUGAUAAAUAUGUUGUUGACGAAGUCGCCAAAGCACACAAUAAAAUUGUAUUACGACUACCGCCAUACCAUUUCGAGUUAAACCCCAUUGAACAAGCAUGGUCCAUGGUUAAGGAAUAUGUUAAAGAUAAAAAUACUACUAUAAAAUCCAGCGAUAUGAAACAGUUGCUAAUUGAAGGUGUUGAAUUGGUCACAGCGGAAAAUUGGCGAAAUUUUGAAGAUCACAUAAUUAAAGAAGAAACUAAAUUCUGGGAAAUAGACAAUAUAGUUGACGACUUCAUAGAUGAUGAGUAUACUUGUACAUUUAAUGUCAGAACAUCAAGUGACAGUGAUGAUAGUAUGUAAUUUUUUUUUUUAAUUAAUAAAUUGAGUAAUGAGUAAUGACAAAUAUAUUACAGAUGAGUUAAGUAUUAUAUAUGUAUAAUGUUUAUAGUAGGUAUAUUGUAAAUAUAAUAUUUUUCAAAUAGUUAAUUAUUAUUUUUGUAUUUUGUGUUAGUGUUUGUGUAAAAAAA